AUGUCAUACGCUGAAGCCGCCGCAUCCUCCGGUCCUGUCGGGAUCAAGGAACCUAUCCCAGCCCCUGUCGAGGUUGAGAACACCCCUUCCAAGGCCAUUCCUUCCGUCACCGAAGAAGACAUCAAGAAAGAAGCCAAGGAAUUGAAAGACAGAGCUGUUAAGGAGGCCAAGAACAUUGAUGCCAAGGUCCGUAAGGAAGUUAAGCACAUCGAGCGCGACACUGCCAGCGUCUUCCAGUCCGUCAAGAACUACACUGCAAACUCCCCAGAAAACAAGAAAUAUUUGAACCGCGUGCAGACCGAGUUGCAGAACCCGGUUGUCAUCACCCAGCUCGUGGUGGCCGUGUUGGGGGCCGCUGCCUCUUGCGCUAUCUAUCACGAACGUGGUCGCAUCUUGUCCGACCACAAGAUCGUCCUCGCGUACCACCACGGAAUUGUCGGCGGGCUCCUCGCGCUCGACGUGUUGUUGUUCAACACGUUCUACCCAAAGUAUGACAAGAAGAGAUUGUAG